AUGCACGCCUCCGUUCUCGUUCUCGGUGCCGUGCUGAGCACUCAGGCUCUGGCUGCUCACCGGCAGGCGGUCAUGCCGGCCUUUGGCAAGCGCCAGACCGGUGAGGCGUUUGACCCGAUUGAGGACGAGACGUGCCCUUCGGAUUGGCCCAUUUGCGGCAACAGCAACUUCUGCUACAAUACCGCUGAAGAUUACAUCUGUUGCCCGGGCCAGGAGCACGUCUGCCCUCCAGGAUCCUACUGUCUCCAAAACCCGUACUGCUGUCCUGACGGACUCGAUCCCGAAACCUGCGCAGAGGAGUUUGGAAUCACCCUGGACCCAACACCCACCGCCACCUCGACUGCCAGCACCUCGACCCCGGUGAUCCCCACCACGACAAGCAGCGCGACGUCCACCCCGACCAGCUCCUCUGCUGUUCCUCCCACCGGGACGGAGACUGAGACGCCCGAAGUGCCUGAGUUCACUGGCGCUGCGAAUGCCAAGAUUGCUGGAAGCGCGGCUGCCCUGUUGGGCUGGGUCGGUAUCUUCGGAAACCUUCUCAUCUAG